AUGAAUAUGUUGUGGAACUACCAGAUCGUGGACACCUGCGUCGUGUUCCGCGAAUGGCACGUCUCCUCCAACACCACGUUCGCCCUGUCCUUCCUCGCCGUUGUCGCUCUCGGUGCGCUCUACGAGUGGCUGCGCAGUGCGCAGAGGGCCCUGGACUGCCGCAUCGCCGCAGCUCUGGUUGCACAGGGCAAAGGCAAGGCGCCCGUAGAAAAUGGACGGGACGUCGAAGCUGACUCGGAGGAUGCAGGACUGUUGACGGGCGUUCCUGUGGUGAAGACAAGGGUAGGUACACCUGUGCCUCUGUCAGCCCGGAUCUCCAGAGCUGCUCUCUACGCCGCGACGGUGUUCUUGUCGUUCUUCCUCAUGCUGGUUUUCAUGACCUACAACGCAUAUCUGAUCCUGGCUGUUGUGAUCGGUGCAGGCGUGGGCCAUUUCGUAUUUGGAUCGCACAUGGACGUUCAGGCCGUGCUGUCUGGUACUGCAGACGUCAAGGGCAUGGCGUGUCAUUAA